AUGGCCAACGACGAAUACGAUUUUCUCUUCAAGGUCGUCCUCAUUGGAGACUCUGGCGUUGGAAAGUCCAACCUGUUGAGCAGGUUCACGCGCAACGAGUUCAACAUUGACUCCAAGUCGACAAUCGGCGUCGAGUUCGCCACCCGAUCCAUCCAGGUUGAUUCCAAGACCAUCAAGGCCCAGAUCUGGGAUACCGCCGGCCAGGAGCGUUACCGCGCCAUCACCUCGGCCUACUACCGCGGUGCCGUCGGCGCCCUGCUCGUCUACGACAUCAGCAAGCACCAGACUUACGAGAACGUCACCAGGUGGCUCAAGGAGCUGCGCGACCAUGCAGACGCAAACAUUGUCAUUAUGCUCGUUGGAAACAAGAGUGAUUUGAGGCACCUCAGAGCUGUGCCCACUGAAGAGGCCAAGGCAUUUGCCAGCGAAAACCACCUGUCGUUCAUCGAGACCUCGGCCCUCGACGCCAGCAAUGUCGAGCUUGCAUUCCAAAACAUUCUCACCGAAAUCUACCGCAUCGUCUCCAGCAAGGCCCUCGACAGCGCUGAAGGCGGCCAGGCUCCCAUGGCCGGCACCGGCAUCAAGAUCGACCCGUCCAAGGAGAACGACGCCCCCAAGGAUGGCAAGUGCUGCUAA